CACUCAACUUCACCAUCACCAGUCUUUGCUACAUGGGGGACAUGCAGCCAGGCUCCACAGUGUUCAACUCCACGGAAUCAUUUCUACAACGCCUGCUCAAGGUCUUGUUCACCAACAGCAGCAUCGGUUCACUCUACGCUGGUUGCAGACUGACCACACUGAGACCUGAGAAGGAUGGAACAGCCACUGGAGUGGACGCCAUCUGCACCCACCGCCCUGACCCUGCAGGCUUCAAACUGGACAGGAAGCUGCUGUACUGGGAACUGAGCAAUCAGACCUAUGGUGUCACCCAGCUGGGCCCCUAUACCCUGGACAGAGACCGUCUCUAUGUCAAUGGUUACACCAGUCCAGCCUUGAUCUCCAUCCCCACUGUUGCUGGCCUCGCCCUGGUGCCAUUUGUCCUCAACUUCACCAUCACGAAUCUGUACUACACGGAGGACAUGAGGUGCCCGGGUUCCUCAAAGUUCCACAACUUUGAGGUGCUCUUGCAGCGCCUGCUAUUGCCCUUGUUUAAGAACACUAGCAUUGGCCCCCUCUACUCUGGCUGCAGACUGACCUCGCUCAGGUAUGAGAAAGACAGACAAGCUACCACAGUGGAUGCCCUCUGCACUCACCAUCCUGACCCCAUAGGCACUGAGCUGGACAGAGAGCAGUUGUACUGGGAGCUGAGCCAGCUGACCCAUGGAGUAACCCAGCUGGGCCCCUUCACCCUGGACAAGGACAAUUUCUUAGUCAAUGGUUACACACAGCAGACUUCCAAACCAACCUCCAGUGGUGAGUACCCAGUGUCUUUAGAUACCCUGCCACCCAGUCCAUCCCGGACCUGACUCAGGUGUGGCCUCUUCUUUCCCUCCCCUGCUGCAGCCACAGAAUCACUCCUAGUGCCAUUCACUCUCAACUUCACCAUUACUAACCUGAGAUAUACGGAAGACAUGUGGCCUCCUGGCUCCACAGUGUUCAACACCACCGAGAAUGUCCUGCAACUCCUGCUUGGAAGUUUGUUCAAGAACACCAGUGUUGGGUUUCCCUAUUCUGGCUGCAGACUGACCUUGCUCAGGCCCAAGAAGAACGGGACAGCCACUGGAGUGGAUGCCAUCUGCACCCACCAUCCCAAUCCUGUGGGUCCCAGACUGGACAGAGAGAAACUGUACUGGGAGCUAAACCAUCUGACUCAUGGUGUCACCCAGCUGGGCCACUACAUCCUGGACCAAGGCAGUCUCUACAUCAAUGGUUACACCCAUCCGGCCUCAGCUACCAUUUCCAACACCACUGGCUAUACCUUCUUCACCCUCAACUUCACCCUCAACUUCACCAUCACCAAUUUGCGUUAUGCACAAGACAUGCACCCAGGCUCUGCGAAGUUCCACUUCAUCGAGAAGAGCCUGCAGGGCCUGCUUGAACUCUUGCUCAGUAAAACAAGUGUUGGCCCCUUCUUCUCUAGCUGCAGACUGGACUCUCUCAGGCCUGCAAAUGGUGAAGCUGCCACCAGAGUGGACAUUGUUUGCACCUACCAUGCUGACUCUGAAGGCCACAGGCUAGACAGAGAGAGGCUGUUCUGGCAGAUGAGCUACGAGACCCACAGCAUCACCCGUCUGGAUUACUACACCCUCGACCCAAAUAGUCUUUAUGUUAAUGGUUACACCUAUAAAACCUUGGCCCUGACCACCAUCACUGCAGAGGUUAGCGAAGAGCCAUUCACACUGAACUUCACCAUCGACAACCUGCGCUACUCAGCGGACAUGGGUCGCCCCAGCUCCCUCAAGUUCAACAUCACAGACACUGUCAUGCAGCAUCUGCUCAGCCCCUUGUUCCAGCAGAGCAGCCUGGGUACCCGAUAUGGAGGAUGCAGGGUGAUGGCACUAAGGUCUGUGAAGAAUGGGGCCCAGACAGCAGUGGAUAUCCUGUGUACCUACCGACAGCACUCCAGUGGCCCAAGCUUGCCCACCAAGCAAAUAUUCCAUGAACUGAGCCGGCAGACCCGUGGCAUCACACGGCUGGGCCCCUACUCUCUGGACAAGGACAGCCUCUACCUUAAUGGUUACAAUGAGCGUGGUCCUGCUGAGCCUCCUACAACACCUUUGCCACCAGAAACCACCACAGCUGUGGGACACACCCUGAAGACCCUCACACUCAACUUCACCAUUUCCAACUUCCAGUAUUCUGGCUCUACCACAUUUAACACCACCGAGAAGAUCCUGCAGCACCUGCUUGGAACCUUGCUCCAGAAGAGCAGCCUGGGUUCCUUCUACUCGAGUUGCAGACUGAUCUCCCUCAGGCCUAAGGACAGGGCAGCUACCCGAGUGGGUAUCAUCUGUUCCUACCGCCCUGAUCCUGCGAGCUCUGGGCUGGACAGAGAACAGCUGUACUGGGAGCUGAGCCAGUUGACCAAUGGCGUCACCCAGCUGGGCCUCUACACCCUAGAAAGGGGAAGCCUCUCAGUCAAUGGCUAUGCACCCCAGAGUUUAUUGAUGCAGAGCGAGUACCAGGUGCAUUUCCGCAUCAUCAACUGGAACUUCAGCAACCCAGACCCCACAUCCUCAGACUACAUUACCCUGUUGAGGGACAUCCAAGCCAAGGUAACCACACUCUACAAAGGCAGCCAGCUACAAGCAGUGUUCCUCUCCUGCAUAGUCACUGACUUGAGGGUGGGAUCCAUGCUGGUCACCGUCAAGGCACUGUUCUCCUCCAAGCUGGACUCCAUCCUGGUGAAGCAAGUCUUUCUGGAUAGGACCCUGAAUGCCUCAUCACAUUGGUUGGGAGCCACCUACCAGUUGGUGGACCUGCAUGUAACUGAAAUGGAGCCAACAGUUCAUCUAGAGACAGACAAACCAACGAGCAGUCCCAGCCCCCAGCAAUUCCAGCUGAAUUUCACUAUCACCAACCUGCUAUAUUCCCAAGAUAUGGCCCAGCCAGGCUCUACAAAAUACCAAAGGAACAAGAGAAGUAUUGAAGAUGCACUCAAUCAGCUCUUUCGAAACAGCAGCAUCAAGAGUUAUUUUUCUGACUGCCAAGUUUUAGCAUUCAGGUCUGUUCCCAACACCAACCACACUGGGGUGGACUCCUUAUGUAAUUUCUCACCAUUAGCUCGGAAACUGGACAGAGUUGCCAUAUAUGAGGAAUUCCUGCGGUUAACCCAGAAUGGUACCCAGCUACAGAACUUUACCCUGGAGAAGAACAGUGUCCUUGUGGAUGGAUAUUCUCCCAACAGAAGUGAUGCCUUGACUGAGAACUUUGACCUCCCCUUCUGGGCCAUAAUCCUUAUCUGCCUGGUGGGAUUCCUGGGACUCAUCAUAUGCCUGAUUUGCUGCUUCCUGGUCACCAUCUGCCUGCGGAAGAAGGAGGGAGACUACGAGGUUCAGCGACGACGCCUGGGCUUCUACGUGCCACACCUAGAUCUGAGGAAGCUGCAAUGACUAGAUCUUCUUGAGGCUCCAUUUCCCCAACCAGGGUCCAAAGCAGCUUGG